AUGGCCACUCAAAUGUGGAGUAUUGUCCUGGGUCUGCUGGUGUUCGAUCACCUGGUUACGGCGGCCAAUCUCGCCCAGCUGGUGAAGAAGCAGAGCCAGCAGAAGCAGGUGCCAUCGCCGCAGGCGGGACAGCAGCAGUUGCCGCAGGGCCAGCAGAUCCACGCCCAGCAGUACGUCCAGGACAGCCUGACCGAGCAGCAGGAGCUGAAGGCCGAGGAGGAGGAGGACCACGACCCGUACCAGCUGCUGCAGGAGGCCAAGCAGGAGUCCCGCCUGCCCAGCACCGCCAGCUAUCCCUGGAGUCCCUAUGCCGCCGCCCAGGGGAAUCCCUACGAGGCCAUGCCCAAGAUGCUGCCCUUCAUCGGCUACGCCCAGCCCGUGCUCAUCCCCGUGCCGCUCUACCUGGCUCCGGACAUGUUCUACCCCGCCUUCCCCGGCACCGGCAACGACCUCGAGGACGUGGUGAUGUCGCGGGCCGCCGGAGGGCGUCGUCCGCCCGCCAACCACCCGCCGCCCGCCCGCAACUCACCCAUUUACUACGUGCGGCUGCCGCCCACGCCGUACAUGUUCCUGCCCAACAUGCCGACGGCUCCGUUCGCCGGGGGAUUCUCCCCGCUGCUCACCUACCAGCCGAUGCCCUCGUUCUCCGCCUACGGCUCGGUGUUCAACCUGCCCGUAAACUUCCUGGCCAACGGAAAGCCCACCGGCGUCUACCAGGUGAACGGAUCCCCGGGCGAGGGACUGGGAUCCCUGUCGCCGAGCUUGGGUGGCGCCGGAUACGGCCUGCGGCCACCCACUCCGAGCAACCCCUACAGACCCAUGUCGGCGCCCUCGAUGGGCGGCGGCUACGGGGGCUCCCACCAGAGCUUCGGGCUCGCCUCCUCCAUGCCGGUUCCCCAGCAGGACUCCAAGCUGACCUCCCUGAAGCGCCCCUUCGUGUUCAACGGCCGUCCCGAGGACAUCUACAUCCUGCCCAACAACCUGAGUCCGCUCUACAACGAGCAGACCUACUACUGA